AUGGAGGGCCCCGCCAGUAGAGGAAAUGAGUCAUCGAAGAAGGUCCCCACCACGUCGUCGUCUUCCGGCGGAAGGAGAGGGAAGGAAGUUUCAGUGAACGCCGUCAAUACGGCACAUCAGGCGUCCCAACAAUAUUCGGUGAAUGUCACGACCACACCAACCACCACUCCUACCUACUUCCCUUCGCCCCUACAGCACCAGCCUCAGUCGAUUUACUACUCGGCCCCGCCGAUCCCGCCGCCGAUGACCUCACAACCGUACGACCACUACGCACCCGCGUCGGCUCAGCCCUCUCAACCUAGGCCCCCGGUGUUGAGAGCUUCUCCACCGGCGCAACAGAACCCUACUGCGCAGGGACCGCAGGCCGGCAGCACGCAGAGCCGACCCCGCAAACAAUACACGCCGUUGCCUGCUCCUCUCUCUCAUAUAUAUCAGCAACUCCUGGCGGGCAAUCGAAUUCAGCCGAUAUCCCUGGGCCCGAAUUUCAACCCGUCCACUCAAGAUUAG